AUUCAUAACUUCUCAAGCAACUUCAACUACUACAACUUUGAACUAUCUCCAAUCAUUUUGGUUCAGUUUUUUUCUGAAACUCUCAACUAUUCAAUAUGGCGGUUGGUGUAGGAGUACCCAUCUGUGUGGAAUGUGGAACUAGAAGCAAUCCAUGUCGAUGCAGGGUGAUUGGACCAACAAUCGGAUUCUUGGCUUUUGCAGCUGCGGCAGUGGUGGAAUGGCCAAUCGGAGCGGUGGUGUAUAUCUUUAAACAUAUGAAGGGACGUCGCAUCAUGGGUCAUCCUGCUCGUGUUGUUUAUCCUAAGGUUUCUAGAGCCGUCCCUAUUUGAUCAAUGGGACUAGACUCGGUCUUAAGUGUACCUUUAUCUUUAUCUUUUUGUUUGUACUACAAACCCAAAUGUACUACUUUUGUGACUUAUCGUAAUGUAUCCGAGACUUAUCUUGUUCUGUCUUGAUCACAACGGUGUUUCAAA